AGCUGGCCAGGGAGCUGGAUUUCUCUGUGGAAGAGAUCAACUUCAUCAGAGUGGAGAACCCCAAUUCCCUGACAGCACAGAGCUUCAUGCUCCUAAAGAAAUGGGUGCACAGGGACGGUAAAAAUGCCACAACGGAUGCUUUAACUGCGGUGCUGACUAAGAUCAAUCGGUUGGAUAUUGUGACUUUGCUGGAAGGGCCCAUAUUUGACUACGGUAACAUUUCAGGCACACGCUGCUUUGCCGAUGAUAACGCAGUAUUCCCGGAUCAGUCCGAUGGAUACCACAAUAUAGAUCUGGAGCUGCAAACCCCCUCAGACCUGAACUACGAGCCCCCCACCCCGCUGCGCUCAGACGACUUCUUUAGCGAGGGCGAUGCUAGCGCAGAAUCCCCUAGCAAGACCACGCUUACUAGACCUAGCGACCUCUCUCUCACUCAGACCACCAGUACCUCCAGCAGCGAGCCCAUCACUGUCGCCCCAGGCCCCACAUCCAAUGCCAUGCAGCCCCCCGUCGUCGGGGCCGAAGACACAGCUUUGACUGCCGGAGAAAGAGCAAAGGAAGAAAAGACAGGGCUGGUUUAUUAUGAGAGGCCGGAUAAUGACAGAAGGGCAGUAUCAGGAAAGGGAACAGACGGGCAUGCUGAGGCUGUAGAGAAGGAACUGAAGGCAGGGCAAGGCGUUGUUUUGGAGCAUCAGGGAGAGACAGCUGCCUCAGAUGCUGGUCAUGGAAAUGGAAAGCACGAAGAAGAAGAAGAGGAGGAGAUGACCCCGGAGAGGCUGCAGAGUCUGCUGGAGGAUAUAAAGCAGGAGGGAGGCUUGGAGGAUGAGGAGAUGACAGAGGAGCGGAUGAACGCUAUCCUCGAACAACUGCAGCAAGCAGAAAAAGACAUGUGUUCAGUUCCAGGCUGGAGAAGUGAGACGUCUGGCGCAAGCGUAGACUCGGCAGCCCCUGGCCAAAGCUCCGGCAUCAAGGAGGGCAGCCCCGACAGUCUGGUUGAUUCGUUGGAGCAGCCCCCGUCUCAGAGUGACAAACAGAACAGAGCUCACAUCGACACAGCCAGGGAAGAAAAGGAAAGUGAGGCCAAGAGGAAGGGAUCUCAGGAGGAAAGCAGCACAGCAGGACCAAGCAGAGGUCAGGAGGAGGGAGGUGACAGGUCCCAGCACAAAGUCCAGGGGAGUGUUAGAGCUGACGAGUCCGGCUCCGAUGGGGAGACCACUGUUACCACCAGGGUGUACCGCAGACGAGUCAUACUCAAGGUUUGUAAGGCCUGGUGUGUGGACAGCUCGAGGCCGAGUGAACUUGCAUAAAGCUUUGAGACAGAGCUCAAGUGUGUGAAGAAGAGCCCGUCAUGGAGAUAGAAAGAUUGUGAACAGAAGUUAUUUGCUGUGCUGGUGUGCAUUUGACAGCCUGUGUGUGUUUUGUAGAGUGAAAGUAGGAGAGUGACGGUUUGUGUGCUGCUUUAGUGUUUGUAAGUAAGACAAAGUGAUAGAGUGUAUCUUGAAGUUGACUUCCACCCAACAGCUUUUUCUUUUGUAUCAAGAACCCCAAAUAACAGCCAGUAUAUUGUCAAAGGGACAUGACAAAGGACAAGGAUAAAAAAGGGACAAAAGUACAGAUGAGCCGAAAGUCAGGCCCAAUAUUAACAAAGAGGGGGAAGGAUGUCUAUGUAAAAGGCAGGUUCAGAAUAAUGGGGUAUUUUAUCAGAGUACACACUGACAGAAAGCAGCGAGAACAAGAAACAAACACAGAAGGGCGGCGGCGGACUCCGGGGUUU